ACAGUUUAUCAAUCGCUUCGAUGUUCGCCUGCAGCAGGUGGGCAACGUGCGGAGGUGAACAAGUCAUGUGUGUGACAUGAUGACUUUAUUUCAUAAGCGCGGUGGCUUGUCGCUGGACUAUGCUCGGGCCGACUCGUGCGGAUGGGAAUGAAUGUUUACCACUACAGAGAAGAAUAUGGAUCGCUUUUCGUGUUUUUAAGUCAAAUUGUUUGAGCGGUGGGAAUUAGAUGAGUAACCUGGCGUUCUCAGAUUAAUUGCUUUGAAAUAAAAAAAAGAAUAGUUUGGGUUAGGUAGGCUACGGUCAGAGGCGGCUUUAAACUGGAUAUUUAGAAAGAGUUUUACCUUAACUUUUGAACUUCAUAGUUAGAAUGGCUUUCGCUAAAUUCAGCAAAAUUCUGCGACUGUCUUCUCUCGACGUUAAGAAGAAGGUAAAGCAAUAUCCACAUGUUCGUCGGGAUGUUAACCCAAACGACAUAUGGGAAAUCAUUGGAGAACUGGGAGACGGGGCGUUUGGCAAAGUUUACAAGGCCAAAAAUAAAGAGACUGGGGCUCUGGCUGCUGCCAAAGUGAUUGAGACUCAGUGUGACGAGGAGCUUGAGGACUACAUAGUGGAGAUCGACAUCUUGGCCUCAUGCGACCACCGCUACAUCGUGAAGCUGCUCGACGCCUUCUACCAUGACACCAAACUCUGGAUCAUGAUCGAGUUCUGUCCUGGGGGGGCCGUAGAUGCCACUAUGUUGGAGCUGGACAGGGGCCUACUGGAGCCUCAGAUCCGUGUGAUCUGCAGGCAGAUGCUGGAGGGCCUGGUGUAUCUCCACAGCAAGAAGAUCAUCCACAGGGACCUGAAGGCUGGCAACGUCCUGCUCAUGCUGGACGGGGAUAUCAAACUAGCGGAUUUCGGCGUGUCUGCUAAAAACACCAAGACCCUGCAGAGGAGGGACACCUUCAUUGGAACCCCGUACUGGAUGGCCCCCGAGGUGGUGAUGUGUGAGACGAUGAAGGACGCCCCGUACGAGUACAAGGCUGACAUCUGGUCGCUGGGCAUCACGCUGAUCGAGCUGGCCCAGAUUGAGCCUCCGCACCACGAGCUCAACCCCAUGAGGGUGCUGCUGAAGAUCGCCAAGGCCGAGCCACCCACCCUGGAUCAGCCAAGCAAGUGGUCGAGGGACUUUAAGGAUUUCCUGAAGAAAUCUUUGGAUAAGAACCCUGAGACGCGGCCAAAUGCUUCUCAGCUCCUGGAGCACCCGUUUGUGAAGGGGGUGACGACCAACAGGCCUCUCCGGGAGCUGGUGGCCGAGGCGAAGGCCGAAGUCAUGGAGGAAAUCGAGGACAAUAGAGAGGAAGGAGAGGAGGACGACCCUGCGGAGCUCCCCACUCCCCCGGGCAAGGACCCCUCCCAGACCAGCCAGACCAGUUUGGAGCCAGAACCAGAACCGCCUGUCAAGCCCCCGCAGGAGGAGCGCAAGCCCCCGCAGGAGGAGCGCAAGUCCCCGCAGGAGGAGCGCCAGUCCCCCUCGGAGGCAGACGAGGAAGAAGAGGCCGAGGCCUCUGCAGCCCUGAGGAAGCAGGCCGACGAAUGUCUCCCAGACGGCGGCGAACCAGAACGUGUCGAUGGUGUGGAAGUCCCCGAGAAGCCGGCAAGCGAGACGUCGGUGAAGACCUCUAGCUCCGACUCGGGCAUCGAGGACGGCAAGAGUACGCCCACGUCGGACGAGGGCAAGCCCGAGGACUCCCUGGAACCGGAACAGGAACAGGAACCUCAACCGGAACCAGAACCAGAACCAGAACCAGAAGCAGAGAUGGCCCCCAGCGUCAAACCUCCAGAGCCCGCUGUGGUGGUGAAUGACGCCUGGUUGGUCGAGCCUGUCGGCGAUGGCGGCGGUUCGGACUCGCCGGCGCCCCCCACCGAUGUGGGUCCAGUCCUCGCGCAGCAGCACACGCGCAACGGGAGUGCGGUGACGGUCACUCAUGAGACGUCCUUCUCUGAUAGGGCAUCCAUUGCAGAGGACGCAGAGAGCCUGGCCCCUCACGCCAACGGCCGCAUGUCCAAACGCUACUCGGAUGCCAGCAGUGUGGACCUGAGCCUCAACCUGUCCGGGGACAGCAAGGACAUGGGCUCCGUCUCACUCAGGGAUUCCCGCUUUUCCAGCAAGACACUGAAGCGCACCCGGAAGUUCGUCAUCGACGGAGUGGAGGUCAGCGUGACCACGUCGAAGAUCAUCAGCGAAGACGAGAAGAAGGACGAGGAGAUGCGCUUUCUCAGGCGUCAGGAGCUGCGUGAGCUGCGUCUCCUUCAGAAGGAGGAGCACCGUGCCCUGGCGACGCUCAACGCCAAACUGGAGGUGCAGAGGGAGCAGAUGCAGCGACGCUUCGAUCAGGAAAUGCAUGCGAAGAAGAAGUACUAUGACACGGAGCUGGAGAACCUGGAGAAGCACCAGAAGCAGACCAUCGAGAGGAUGGAAGGGGACCACGCCAUCCGCCUCCGCGAUGAGACCAAGCGCAUGCGCUCCGAGCAGGACCGCGCCUACCACCGCUUCCUGGAACAGAUGAAGCAGAGGAAGAAGGAGGUCAAAUCUGAAGUUGAGAAAUUACCCAGAAAAGAACGGAAAGAUACCAUGAAGCAACGCAUGAGCCUAUACUCCCAGACCAAACAAACAGAGGAGGAGAAGUUCCUGGCCGCUCAGAAGACAGAGCUGGACAUGACUCUGAAGAGAAUCAUCUAUGAAAACAAAAAGGAGAUCGCAGACACGGAGCGUGAGUGUCUGCAGAAGAAGCAGCACCUGGUGCGAGAGCGUGAAGCUACGAUCUGGGACCUGGAGGAGAAGAACCUGCACGAGAAGCACCAGCUGCUGAAGCAGCAGCUCAAAGACCAGUACUUCCUGCAGAGACACCAGCUCCUUAAGAAGCAUGAGAAGGAGCAAGAGCAGAUGCAGUGUUACAACCAGCGCAUGAUGGAGCUGCAGAAGGGCCGGCAGCAACAGGAGAAGGCCCGCAUGCCCAAGAUCCAGCGCAGCGAGGGCAAGACCCGCAUGGCCAUGUUCAAGAAGAGCCUGCGCAUCAACUCCACCGGCAGCGCCGCAGAGGACCGCGAGAAGAUCAAACAGUUUUCCAGACAGGAGGAGAAGAGGCAGAAGGCCGAGAGGCUCCACCAGCAGCACAAGCAUGAGAACCAGAUGAGGGAGAAUAUUGGCCAGUGUGAGGGCAACGUGAGGGAGCUCCAGCAGCUACAGAAUGAGAAGUGCCACAUGCUGAUUGAGAAUGAGUCUCAGAGGCUGAAGUUUCUGGACGAGCAGCACAACGGGCAACUCAGGGAGUGGAGAGAACUGCUCAAACCCAGGAAGAAGACUCUUGAAGAGGAGCUCAGCCAGAAGAAGCGUGAGCAGGAGAUCUUCUUCAAGAUGAGUGAUGACGUGGAGUACACCAACCCCAGCUCGCCCAACAAACUAACUAAAUUCCUCCCCUACUCCGAGUCCUCCACCACGUAGGACACACACGCCAGCCAGUGUGGAGAGACCAGACCAGCUUUGCUGAGGUGUUCCCUCGCCUGUCAAUGAAACGCUGCUCUUCCCUAUUCUUGCCUUUUCCAACCUUUCCAUUCAUAGAAGCUCUUUUCUUUACCCCUGCAAGACCCACAAACAAGGUUGCAUUGGUGGUCUAGUUGAGUAUUUUUUUUAUUUUUUUUAUUUUAAUUUCCAUUGUGUCUGCUGAAUGCCCUUUCUUCUCUUUUAAAACAGUAUUUAUAUUGGUAAAGCUCUUGAAGUUUAUGCUUUAAUCUAUGUUUUUGUUUUAAUUUAUUGUUCACCCCUCCUCAUAGCCUUGCCUAGAUGAAGCGAUCAAUCCCUGAAGUUUGAGUAGAGCACAGGCACCAGCUCUUGAAGGGCACCUCUUGGGGGGGGGGGGCUCUUGAAGGGCAGCUCUUCGAGGCUGUCUGGGGCCAGUGGUUCAGUGCUGUGUGGUGUAAACCUCACCAUCUCAGUAACAGCACACAGACUGGUCAGUACUGUGUGGUGUGAACCUCACCAUCUCAGUAACAGCACACAGACUGUCCUGACUCUUUAGAUAGUCCUCAGACCUCGACGCGAGAGGUCACAAGAACAGUGGCUUUUAGCCUUGUUUUCAGUGUGCCUGUCUCCCAAGGCUGAAGGUCCAAGGGUGAACCCUAUUACAUGCAGUGCAGCCCCAAUUAUGACAAAGCUGGGUGCUCCUCUAGUCUCGCACCUCCAGGAGUUGUUUACAGAAGGAACGGAGGACCUCCAGAUACUUGUGCCUCUAAGUCGUCCCUUACAGUGCAGAGAAGUAGGAAGGGGGUUUGUCUCCAAACUAGGGUUCUGGAGCAGGUCCCUCUCCUCUCCCCCUGGGUUUUGGGUGUGUGUGUGUCUGUGUGUCUGUGUGUGUGUGUGUGUGUGUGUGUGUGUGUGUGUGUGUGUGUGUGUGUGUGUGUGUGUGUGUGUGUUCAGAGAGGUUGAUUGAGACCGCUUAUCCCAUUAUCCCUCACAGUGAUGGCUUUACAGUUUUAUUCUUGCAACUUCGUUAACAACAAUGCAUGUGUGGAACCAUUUUUUUUUCUUUAUGUUUUUCCUUUUUCUUGGCAACCAAAGUCCGAAUAAGAUUGUCAAAUUACUAAUAAUUGAUUGAUCUAAGCCCAUGAUACGAAGAGUAAACAUUCGGGUGACUGCAGUAAGUUAAAAUUAUGAAGUGCCUUAGUCGUAGAGACAUAUUGCUCAGUAUACAGCUAACCCUGUAUUCAUUGUGCAAGUAUAUAUUUUUUUCUGCCAAAUAUUUUAAUAUAUAAAAUCUUUGUAUUUUUAAAGAGCUUGGAGCUGGAGCUUGAAAGUAAUUUCACUUCCUCACUUUACAAUGUAUUUUAUAGUUUCAGCACUGUAAAUAUUUAAAUUAAUUCACAGAAACUUCCUGUAUCUUUGAUUUGUUUUUGCAGAUUGUUUUACACUUUUAUUCGUGGUGAUGAUCAUUCAGCCAAGUAGAUACUGGAAUUCUUUUCUGUUCACCGUUGGUCUUUGUGUUGGUGAAAGAGGCAGCCCAGCUUAAGUCAAAUUAAAAAUGUAUUUUAUGGUUGACACAAUAUUUUGAUUUCGUCGUCUUCCCAUGUUAAUUUAGAAGGAGAGGAUUUAGAGAGGAUGGGAUACUAAUAAUUGUCCCUUUUCUUCACUAAAAUGUGAAUAACUGUGCGCCUGGGUGUUGGCGAUACUGUACUGAGCUAGAACACACUGGAUGGGGACAGGAUACUAUGGGUGCUGUCCUCGCCUGUGAAAACCAAAGCAAAAUACUGUCAUCUUGAAGGAGUGAUAUAUGAAAAAAUUACCAUUAAUUUGUUUUGUAAUAAUCAUAAUUGCAUUUACUAAAGAUUUAAUUUUGAUAAUUUGUUGAUUCUAUAUGCACCGUCUACUAACCAAAGUGCAAUAAGUCGUCAAUGUUAAGUUUUCAUUCUGAGCUUUAUAUAUUCUAAAGUCUAUAAAAAGUGAAAUUGAGUGACGAUACCCUUGCAGUUUAUUUUCCUUUAUCCAAAUGAGUAAAGACCACAUAGGACCUGGUAGGUACCAGGACUGAAACAGAAACUGGUCUGUAUGGUACACAGGUGUACACAGAAGUACUACACUCAGUACUUCUAACAAUUGAACCUUUUGACAUCUCUGAAGUCGUUCUGUUGUCAUAUGCCACUGAGGCGUGUUUGCAUCUGUUCGUCUCUGACAGGUUCUGUGGCUCUACUUGUUGAGGGUGAAAGAAUAGAAUAUGUGUUGUUGUUUGUAUAUUUCUAAUGAAUGAAACCACUGUCAUGCAAGUUUAAUAAAUGCAAAUUUUCUAUAA